CAUCAACAAACACCUCCUUAUUUUCAGCAACUCGUUCUGCUUCUAAUAGUAAUGCAAGUCCCUCUGUUUCAAAUAUAUAUGCUACAAGUUUUAUGGGAGCUCACUUAAGAAGAUGUUAUCCAACAACGAGGAAACUGGUACGGAUUAGUGGAGGUAUAGUUGCUGCUGCUGUUGCAACUUCCCCUGCAGAGGAAGUCAAAGAAUACACACUUCCUACAUGGGCUAAAUUUGACCUUGGAAGAGCCCCAGUCUAUUGGAAAACAAUGAAUGGUCUUCCUCCUACUGCAGGAGAGAGACUGAAGCUUUUCUACAAUCCAGCUGCAAACAAUAUGGUCCCUAAUGAAGAGUUUGGAAUUGCUUUUAAUGGAGGUUUCAAUCAGCCUAUCAUGUGUGGUGGUGAGCCUAGGGCAAUGCUCAUGAAAACUAGAGGAAAAGCAGAUCCUCCUAUUUAUACAAUUCAAAUAUGUAUCCCAAAGCAUGCCCUUAGUUUGAUCUUCUCAUUCACGAAUGGAACCGAAUGGGAUGGUCCCUAUAGACUACAAUUUCAGGUCCCUAAUGCUUGGCGAAAUAAACCAACCGAGUUCUUCACUGAGGGACUUGCAGGGGAGUUAAGUCAGGAGGGUGCGUGUGACAAGGCAAUUUUCCCGGACACGAAUAUUGUGAUCACAAGAUGUGCUAUGGUUGGAAACUUGUCUGUGGAAGGAGGUGAUCGUUGCGAUCUUGAUAUAGUACCUGGAUGCAUUGACCCAAGCUCUCCUUAUUUCAAUCCACUAGCCAAUGUUGAUGAUGGAUCUUGUCCACCAUAUUCAGAUGCUGAGGAUUAACUUUUCACUACAUAUGACCAAUGCUUAUACCUUAGUGUUAUCGUUGGAAGUCUUUCACACUAAGUAUGGGUUUGACUUCCACUAUUUUCCUUACCCUUCACCUUUCCCUGAUUCCCUUGUGUGAUAAAACAAACAUCUAGACUUAGUAAAGAGAAACACUCGAGUAAAUAUGAAUCUCCAGCCCUAUACUGUGGAUGCUUAAAAUGUCCAGUUAUACAAGUAGCUUCUGUACUGAUAUGUUGUCCAGAACCUUAGAGAAAUUUGAUAAUUACCUGUUGGCAAUUUGGCAUAUAGCCGAAAAAGCUCUUGCUACA